AUGGAAAAACCUCCUCCACAGAUCCUGCGCCUGCGGGAGGAGGAGCAGCAGCGUUUGCGGGAGGGGGAGUUUGAGAAGCAGAGACAACUGGAGGGUAGGGAGAGAUUGCGCGCUCUCAACGCCAUCCAGGAAGAGAUACUGCAACUCAAUCAGCUCCUGGAGCUGGCCGCACCCACCCAAUCAGACCCGACCCCUGGUCUCACAUCCUAUAGCACCCGUGUCAACCAUCUAUGCUCCCAAGUGUCGGAGGUGGUGCGCACGACAGCUGAGGGAGAGUUCUCCAGUGUGGAGAACAGGAUGGUGGCAGAGCGGGCACUGCAUGAGAUGAGGUCACUGAUCCGGGUGUUGCAGGAGGCUGCUGCCCAGGUGACGAGGAAGGAGCAGCGGGAGGAAGAGGAGCGCAGGAAAUUGGCAGAGCUGCAGGCCCAGCAGGAGGAGCAGAAGAAGAAUACAGCUCUGUCAGCCAAAGAGAAAUCACGGAAUAAGGGCCUGUAGACUAAAGCAAGCAGAGUGGUACCAAGAGCUCCAGGCCUCAGCUAACCAGUGGUACCAAGAGCUCCAGGCCUCAGCUAACCAGUGGUACCAAGAGCUCCAGGCCUCAGCUAACCAGUGGUACCAAAAGCUCCAGGUCUCAGCUAACCAAUGGUACCAAGAGCUCCAGGCCUCAGCUAACCAGUGGUACCAAGAGCUCCAGGUCUCAGCUAACCAGUGGUACCAAAAGCUCCAGGUCUCAGCUAACCAAUGGUACCAAGAGCUCCAGGCCUCAGCUAACCAGUGGUACCAAGAGCUCCAGGCCUCAGCUAACCAGUGGUACCAAGAGCUCCAGGUCUCAGCUAACCAGUGGUACCAAAAGCUCCAGGUCUCAGCUAACCAAUGGUACCAAGAGCUCCAGGCCCCAGCUAACCAGUGUGCGCAGUCUUUUGAAGGCCUGAACAACCCUAAGGAUAUUCAG